AUGAAUGAAGAUCCUGGCGUCCAGUUCAUGGGCGCCAGGUCCAAGCCGUCUCAGCGUGCCAUGUCGCAUAACUCCAAUGAAAGUGACCAGUCUAUCUGGCAUCGCCAUUUCCACCCUAUACGUCCGGAUGUCUCUGAAUCUGAAUCAAGCCAAUUGCCACCUACAAUGACCUCUCGCGAUCGCCAUGACUAUCGUCAACCACCUGGAGCUCGGCGUUACAAUGGAAACGUAAUUGACUUGACGAACGAUCCAGAGUCGCCUCCCCAGCGUCCGCAACCUUCCCACGAGAAUCCUUACUCUAACACCCCACGACUUCCUCGCUUUGGAAGAAAUAUCAUGACUCACGUGGAUGUGGUGGACCUGGAGCAGGAGCCGGAUGAUCCUGGGGAGGGUCCCUCUAGUAGUCCAGAAGUUCAGUUUGUGAGGGCCACAACACGUCACAAUGUACCUCCGCCGAGAUGGGACGCCUAUCGCGCAAUUAGUGCGAACUUCCCACCAGGUGGCCGGGCCCCGGCUAAUACGUCUACUUUUGGCACGCAUCGUCCCCCACGAUUUUUCGGAACUCACAACUUCAUGCCUGCACAGCUGGACAGGCUAUUCGUUGGUAUGCCACAGUCCAUGCCUAGCUUGAACGCGAACGACGUCUUUCUCGACUACGCCCUGUCAGCCUUUUCCAUGGAGCAGAACUCGACCCAACGCGAAGAGCCACCCCCUCCUAGUACAUACAAACCGCCCAGCCCAGCUCCAGAGGGCUUUGCGAGAACUGUGGGCGAGGACGAAGUGGCAAUUUGCCCAAAUUGUGACUGGGAACUCGGAACCGGGGAGGGCAAGAAGCAGGAGAUUUGGGUUGCUAAGCAAUGUGGCCAUGUCUACUGCGGUGAAUGCGUAGAGAACCGGUCUCUGUCAAAGGCUAAGAAGGCACAGGGUGCACCCAAAACAAAGCCAUUCUCCAAGUGCCAAGUUGAGGGCUGUGGCAAGCCGGUCAGCGCUCCAACGGCCAUGGUCCACCUUUACCUUUGA